GCCGGACAGCUCACACGGCUUCAGUGAAUUCUCAGUGUUCAGGUCCUGGUCCUGCCUUAAAAAGGGACAAAGGCAACGUGCCAGUUUGGACUCAAACAUGUGACCACACAUUCAAAGGAAUCGCAGACUCUAACUUGGUGCCGUGUGUCGAACAAAUCAUUCAAUCUUGCUGAUGAUAACGGAACAAAUUUCGCAGCUUAUAAACCUUCAGAAUAUUUGAUAGCAAUCUCUUCAAUUCAGCACAUUACUUCCAGCUGUGAACAGUGCCGCCAUGAAUAAAAUUUGAUCAAAAUUUAAAUUAUAACAGUUUCAUGUGACCCUAUCAUGUCAGUGGAGCAGGGUGAGUAUCGAGUUUGAGAUUAAUUGAAAACAGUGUGCAGCAUCUAUCACCGGCCGCAGAACUUUUGUGAUAUAUUCUACAAUUAUAACUUGUGAUAACGCAGCAACGGCUUAGUGUGAUGAUACUCUUUGGAUUUUCGUUCAGGAAUUUGGAGGCUCAGUCUCAAAGCGAACUCUGUGAUGUUCCUGUUAAGAUUCUAACGUUCCACUGUUACCGUAAGUUGUUAACAUUCCAUUGUUGAGUUGGUAACUUUUCAUUGUUGAGUUCGUAACAUUCGAUGAUUAAGUUGGUUAAAUUCUACAGUUUUUAGUAGUAGUAGAGAGUGGACUGAGGUCAGGUCAUUUUCAGGCCAGUUGAGAGUUGCGAAGUGUCACUGCCGAUAAAUAAUUCAAAUAUGGCGGUCCAGAAAAUGAAAGUUUUGCAGUAUGGAUUGGUAUUGUUGCUGUUGUUGACGUUCUAUUCGGAUUUCACGUCUGCUAAGCAUGAUGAGAAAGAGAAGCGGGCAAUUCGAUUAUUUGAAAGAAAUGAUCAAAAGCGAGAUCCAGAGCCUAAGCGGGUUCCUGGGGCACAGGCAAGGGCCACAGUCAAGCCUCAGAGAAAACUAAAUGCUGUCGAACUAAAAAGAUCUGAGGAUGUAGAAAAAUCGAAAUUUGUGGAUUCGAAAAAUAUUCCUGCAAAAGGUGCGGAAUGGCAAAACAGCCAGUGUAAAAAUUUACAACAUUUGAUGAAAAGGAAACAGUUCGCUGUUAAAAAGAUUGACGAGGCGAUACACCGCCUGGUAAAUAAUACGAAAUUAGCACAAUCGGAUAUUGAAUUUCGAGUAAAAACUUUGAAGGUGUUUCAAGCAGAGUUGGAGGAUAGUGCGAGAUUGACGUUUGAGGUUUUGGACUGGUUGCAGCAGGCACUGCAGGGAAAUUAUAAAGAUUUUGAAAAUAUCAAGAAGAGUAGCCAGAUGCGAUUAGCGUUGCUACGCGAUGUGACACUCAGCGAAGAGCAGAUGUUCAACAUUCUCAUCGAGGCGGAGAAAAGUCAGGAAGAAAAGAUCGAAAAGGAGCAGCAGACCAAUGGCAAUGGCACACAUGUGGAGAGUAUCCUCAGUGGCAUCCUGUUGGAGGUCGCCAAAGCUGCCGAUCGCUUAGAAAGAGAUUUGAAUGAUCACGUAUUUGACAACGCUGUUAAAGAAAAUGCUCAGGAUAAAGGUGCUAAUAUCGAAGCAGUGAUCAGACUGCACGACACCGACAACAAUAAAAACAAAACUGCUUCACAAGGCGACGAGGGUGGCGCCAUGAAACUCGUGGACGCACAUGACAACCAGUACGUCCUCUCCAAGGGGAAGGAUUCCACCGUUCCCGUUGAAGACCAUCAUUUCAUCGAGGACGUCAUAUUUCUGACACUGCUGGCUUUCAUCUUUGGUUGGCUCUGCACACUGGUUCAGCUUCCGAACAUGUUUGGGUACAUUUUGAGUGGAGUCGUGCUUGGACCUUCUGGGUUGAGUUGCAUCAAGUCGGUAGUUCAGGUUGAGACAUUGGGAGAAUUUGGAGUUUUCUUCAUCUUGUUCUCUGUGGGACUUGAGUUUUCUCCAGAUAAGUUAAAAAGAGUUUUCCGCAUUGCGACCGUUGGCAGCUUCUUGAUGAUGGCGCUGACCAUCCUAUUCGGCGUCCUGAUUGGCCAUUGCAUAAAGAGCACGCCCAAUGAGAGUGCUUUCAUAUCGGCGUGUCUCUCGCUGUCCAGUACGCCUUUGGUUGUCAAGUUUAUUGGCAAUGGGAAGGAUGAGGAAGAAAAUACAAAUCACGAAUCAGCCGUCGAACAUCACCGAGGCCGUCGACGUACUGAUCUAGAUUACAGCUCCGUUCUGCUAGGCAUUUUGGUGAUGCAGGACAUUCUGCUUGGGGUGCUGAUAGCUCUUCUGCCGGCCAUAGCAGGCCAUGCAAGUAGUGAUGAGAUCAGUGCGAAUGAUUUGGUGCUGGAAUAUUUCCAUUUAGGGGUUAAACUAGUCGCCUCCUUCAUUGCCAUCAUCCUACUUACCUUUGUACUUGCCAAGUUUUUGAUCGGGCCAGUUUAUAAAUUUCUGUUCAGUCGCGGAAAUCGUGAAAUGUCUAUGCUGGCUACUAUUGUCAUUGCCUUCACUAUGCUCAUGGUGACAAACUUCCUCAAUAUCUCGAUGGAGCUGGGAUGCUUCCUGGCUGGGGCCAUCGUCAGUUCUCAAGGUCACCACGUGGCAGAGCAGGUCGGCAGACUCAUCUCCUCCGUAAAGGACUUCCUGGGAUGUUUAUUUUUUGCAUCAAUUGGUCUGCAUGUAUUUCCAACUUUCCUCGCAUUUGAAAUUACCAUCUUGACAACAUUCACCUUAGCUAUAGUCGGAUUCAAGUUCUUCUCCAAUGUGGCAGUCCUCCAUUUCCUCUUGCCAAAACAUUCCAGGCCUGUGAAGUGGAUCGUAUCGGCCGGUUUGGCCCAAGUCAGCGAGUUCUCGUUCGUGCUGGGAAGUAGGGCACGGAGAUUAGGCUUAAUAUCGAGAGAGGUUUACCUCGUAAUUCUGAGCGUGACAACACUGAGUCUUCUCUUCGCCCCGGUCCUGUGGUAUGCAACGCUAUGGCAUCUACGUCUCAAGUCUCUUGCCCCUGCACGCAUAAGCAUUUUGGAGAAAAUAAGACUAUUUUCCGUGCAUUACCGUGAUCUUGAGACUCGCAGUCGUCACACUUCAUUAGAGACGUUAGAAUCGGAUACGACAAGAGAAGAAAUCACGAGCAAUUCGUACGAUGGGAUAGGAAUGUCGUCGCCUCACCACGUACACAACGUCGAUAUGAUGAAUGGCCUUGGGCACCUCCGCAGUGAGCCAGAUUCUUGACUAGAUCAGACUCUCGGGGCCUCAAUAGCAUCCUCUGCUCAAAAUACGACCAGAAAAUUGAGUCGAAACUUGACUGAAAUGAAAAGAAAUGUGUGAGACAUGUGAUAAAUACCACUCGCUGGUACUGUUGUUCAUUUGUAAGAGACCCUGCGAUGAGUGAGUGAUGCGAUAAUUAUCGCAUUUCUUUGCGACAGAUAUCUCUUGUGUCCAGGGUGUUUUUUAUUCAGCAGCUGAUCAGGUGGCCUGUUGCCCCUCUAUUUAACUGUGAUAUUGUAGGUAAUGGCUUUCUUUAGAUGUUAACACUCAAUCUUGUUACAUUCCUAGAUGUAUCCGACUUUAUAAAAUCUACCAAUGUUCAUUAUGUAAUCUUAUUAGAAACAUUAUAUUCUAUGAAUCUCAUUUGCGCGAUGCUGCCAUUUUUGAUCAGACACUAUGCAUGCUUGUGUUGCUGAGUAAUUGUGUAAAAUAUAAAACGUAGAGAAGUAUAGUUUGAGAAAUUUUAUCAGAUUUGGAUUAGGAGGGGAAAUUCUUCAAGUUCUCAAAUUUCUGAUACCUCUUUUGAAGUAACAUCUUUAAAACCUUUGACCUGCCCUAUCAUCACUGUUUAGAUCCGCAACGGACACAAAUGUGUCUCCCUCCUUGAGGUCAUACACUGUAUACACAAUGACCUUAUAACUUAUCCUAUCCUCAGAUAAUAUGCAAUUGUAUGUUCUUAAUUUCGGGGGAGGGGUCCGAUGAUUUAGAAGUUCCUCAAGUUUUACGAUGUUUUUGAUUGUACACAAACGCUUUAAUUUAUAAAACUCUAUGUCCUUUAUGUGAGAUACUCCAUGUCUGCAUUGUAGCAAUGGCCAAUUCUUAAUCUUAGCUAGGAUGCCUUAUGAUGAUGGUUGUGGAAAUGAAAUAUUCAAAAAUUGUUUGAUAUUCUUUACGGUUCAUACUGUGUAUGAAUAUGUUAUAACAUGUAUUAUGAGAUUUUAGGCUUGUGUUGACUAUUAGUAUUAGUUUGAAUAGGUCAUGAGUGUGGAGCAUGGUGCCAGACUCUCAAUCAGGAGGUUGUGGGUUCGAACCCUGUCUCGUUGCCAGUUUAUCUGUUACAGGUAGAGCUCUCGUGAGCAGUGAAAUGAUGGCAAUCGAUUGACGAGUUCUGUUGUCUCAUAUGUUGUCUAUAUUAUCCCAAUCUGCUGUAAAGUUCAAACAAAUCGGAUCAACCAGAGUUGAAAUGCAAUAAUAUCUACACUAUAUAUAUUUGUUGGUUUGUAUAUAUCUGUCCAGUCUAUUUAUCAUGACAAGCUGCUGAAUUACCGUAUAGAAGGGCAUGGCUUAUAAAGGAAAAUCACUUGUUUUAGAGGCAAUUUGUCCUGUGUAUUAGUCCUGAAGAUUGGUGCGUGCGCUGAUAGCUUUGAUGUCAGCAUAUCACAUCUGGAAGUGCAUUUGGGCCAACUUCAAGGAAAUAAAACCAGUAAAAAUUUAGAAAAAUAUUCUGAUUUAUAUUGGAAUAUUCAAUGCAAAAGGAACUUCAUAGCAAUAGCUAUGCUGUUUAUUGCACAUAAAAUGUACACUGAUAUACCUGGUAUUGCCAUCACCUUGUGGAUUCCACAUGAGCCAAUACACAGUUAGGAGCACACCUUGUUUAAGCACACUGCGCGCCUGAGGUAUAUAUUUUCUGUUGGUUGAAUAAAACAUAAUUUAUUAUGAACACUA